AUGGUUCCUCGCUCACGAGGCUGGUUCUGUCCAUGCUCCUGCAUAAGCGGGUCAUCAGACUCUGACCAAGACCAUCACCAGCACCAACAUCAGCCGAACCAGGACAAUGAGUAUGAGAUUCGUCCUCCCAAUGCGGGUCGAAGUUAUAUGAAUGGCGUGUAUUAUCCCAAUUGGCUGGUUUACAAGGGCAAGACGCCGGCUACUCUUGAUGUUGACAAUAUUACACAUGUGUUUUAUGCUUUUGUCGGUGUUCAUGAAGAUGGCUCUCUUCGUUGGUUCGAUGAGCACGCCGACAUGGUGAAAGAAGUCGACGGAGAAAAAGGUGCUCUAGCUGCCCUCGCAAAGCUCAAACGCAACAGCCCUAGACUCAAAACUAUCGUAUCUAUUGGAGGAGGCACAGGCAGCAAAGAGUUUCCCGCUCUGGCUGCCAGUCGCGAUGCCCGAGAGACGUUUGCGAGGCAAGCCCGCCAGUUUUGUGACCGCCACGAGAUUGAUGGUAUUGAUAUUGAUUGGGAGCACCCAAAGGACGCAGAACAAGGUCGUAAUUAUGUGAAGCUUCUCCAGGAGUGUCGAAAUGCCCUACCUGAGGAGGAUUAUUUUCUCACUACGGCUCUUCCCGUUGGCCAGUACAUUCUCAAGCACAUAGACCUCGAUGCUGUAUCCAGGCUUGUCAACUACAUCAACCUCAUGGCGUACGACUUUACGGGUUCCUGGACUAGCGUAUGCGGCAACCAUGCGCAACUUCACUCCCCAAUAGGAGACCUCCAGUAUUCACAUCCAGAGCUUAGAAUAUGCGCCACAGACGGUAUCGACUAUGUUCUAUCUCGAGGGUUUCCCAGCCGAAAGCUCGCACUUGGAAUCCCUGCCUAUGCAAGGUACUUCCCUCGCGCUGAAGGCCCUGGUUGUUCCACUGAGAGCGCGGGGGAGAUGGACUAUUGCGAGAUUCCGGAUCAGUGGGUGGAAAAUGCUGUGGUGGAUGAGGCAGCCGUGGCGGCGUGGUAUGUGGACUCUGAUAGGGACAAGGGAUAUGUUACGUUUGAUGUGCCGCGGACUGUGUAUAUGAAGGGGAGAUAUGCGGUUCAUAAGGGUCUGGGGGGUUUGUUUUACUGGACUGGGACGGGGGAUAAGGGGGAUGGGCUGAGUUUGGUGGCUGCUGGGAGGAGAGGUCUUGACUCACAGUGA